AUGCCUGCCAAACGCGCUCGUACCUCCUCACCGCCUGCUGCGGCUGCAGAGGCAGCACCACUCCCUCCUCCUCAACCUCCCGUCACCGACGCUACCCUCUCCACUCUCCCUCCCCUCCAAACCCGCGCCCUCCAGCUCGCACUCGCCGCUCUUGACCCUCGUAACGCCGAGGUCAUCAAUGCCCACAUCACAGCCCACCAAAAUGCCCCGCUCACCUUCGCCGGGCAUGUCAAGCGCGUCGAAAAUACUUCCAACCAGUACAGCUUUGCGCGGCAGCCAAAUCGCAAUCAGGUCCGCGACGCCGAGUUCGAUAUGAUGGACACGGCCCGUGAGAUGCUGCAGGCGAUAGUGGCGGAGUGCUAUAAGCCGGGAAGAAGUUCGGCGACGAGGCAGAAUGGGAUCAAGGCGAUGUCGGAGAUAGGGGAUCUGUUGUCGGAUUUCGGAUACGGGGACGACAUCGCUACGGUGUUCAUGCCGUGCGAUUUUGGGCCCCUAGUCAGCAAGUUGAUCGAGAUGAUGAUGCGGAGGGGAGAAGACCUUGGGGUGGCGCACGAAGAUGACUUUGGGGAGUUGGUGGAUGCGCUAGGAGGAGGGGACGGGGAAGACCACGAAAACGAUGAUCCAGUGGCCUUGUAG